AUGUAUAUAUGUGCCACAACAGUAUAAUUUCUUAUUCAAGAUAACUAAACUAACAGACAGAAUGUGUACAGUUUCGUCCUACGUUGUCAAGCCUCAACUUCCUUCCUCUUCCAUUUCUGUUAAUUCGGUUUCUAGAGCUUGCUUCCUUUUGUGUCUCUUCUUUUCACAUGGAGCUGGAGCCGCCAUCGAUGGCGGCAGCAGCAACAGUAUCACAUCCAUCGGUGCAAUCAUUGAUCUCAGUUCUCGUAUUGGCAAAGAAGAGAAAACUGCAAUGGAAAUCGCAGUUCAAAACUUCAACAACUACUCCAAAGACAACAAACUAGAACUUUUCAUCAGGGACUCUGUGGGAGGAGGACCCCUUAAAGCUGCUUUUGCAGCUGGGGAUCUGAUUAAACAGAACAAAGUGAAGGUGAUUAUUGGGAUGGAAACAUGGGAGGAAGCAGCUCUGGUUGCUGAUGUUGGAAGCUCGGCUCAGAUUCCUAUUAUUUCUCUUGCUUCAGCAGCCACAACACCACCGCUAAUGCCGGUUCGAUGGCCUUACUUGGUAAGAAUGGUUGGAGAUGGUGUUGAACAAAUGAGAUGUAUCGCAUCUAUUGUUCAAUCCUACAACUGGAGAAGAGUUGUGGUUAUAUAUGAAGACGACGCGUAUGGUGGUAGUUCUGGAAAGCUAGAUGUUUUAUCUGGAGCACUGCAAAACAAUGGUUUGGAGAUCGAGUACAGGUUGGUUCUUCCACCAUUUGCUUUACUGUCUAAUCCAAAAGAAGCAAUACAAGAAGAGCUAAUAAAGCUACUGAAGGUGCAAUCUCGGGUUUUUAUAGUUCUUAAGUCAUCAUUGCCUGCAACAACUCAUUUGUUUAAAGAAGCAAAGAAGAUGGGGCUCGUGGGGAGAGAAUCGGUGUGGAUAGUCACAGACACCAUUACAGAUUUACUUGACUCUGUUGAUAGUUCUGUUAUUUCAUCCAUGGAAGGUGCUUUAGGAAUCAAGACUUCUUAUGAUGACAAUAGUCGCUUUUACAAAAAACUGAGGACUCAAUUCCGGAAUACCUUCUGGCACAAUUAUCCGGAAGAAGAAGAUUUUCAGUUAGGAAUUCAUGCUUUAAGAGCUUAUGAUAGCAUCAUUACUGUCGCAAGGGCCGUGAAGAGAAUGACUAACUCUACUAGUUCAAAAAUGCUCUUAGAAACUAUUUUAUCAACCAAUUUCACCGGCUUGAGUGGCGAAAUAAGUUUCAGGUCAGGCCAGCUAUCCUCUAUGCCGGAGUUGAAGAUUGUAAAUGUGAUUGGAAAGAAAUACAAGGAACUAGACUUCUGGGUGCCGAAAUCAGGGUUUUCGAUUAAUGGAACACUGAUAAUAAGCGAAAAUGGUGAAGCUGCUAAUGGUACAAGAGGUCUGGCAGGUCCAGUGAUUUGGCCUGGGGAUCUAACCCGCGCUCCGAAAGGAUGGGCUAUUCCUACUGCUGUGAAGCCUUUGAGGAUUGGAGUACCAACACGACUCACAUUUGAUAACUUUGUGAAGACUACUUGUGAAGAAUCAGGGGAGAUAAAAUAUGAUGGUUUCUGCAUUGAAUUAUUCAAGCAGGUGAUUGGUGUAUUGGAUUAUCAUCUACCAUAUGAGUUUGUGAGUCACGAAGGAAGCUACGAUGAUCUAGUUGUUGAUGUCUAUAACAAGAAAUAUGAUGCUGCCGUUGGUGACAUAACCAUAUUGGAGGAUAGAUCGCUAAUCGUGGAGUUUACGCAGCCAUAUAUGGAGUCCGGGUUGUCAAUGAUAGUUCCAGCUAAGGUAGAAUCAAACUGGAUGUUUUUGAAGCCAUUCUCCAUGAAAAUGUGGAUAAUGACUGCUGUCAUUUUCAUUUACACAACGUUGAUUGUUUGGUUCUUGGAACACCGAUCCAAUCCUGAAUUCGGAGGCACCAGCAGGAAGAAUCAGAUUAGCAGUGUACUUUGGUUCACUUCUUCUUCUUUGUUCUUUGCUCAGAAGGAGAAUGUUCAUAGCAACUUCACCAGAGCGGUGAUCGUGGUGUGGAUGGUAGUUGUGUUUGUCUUAACCUCAAGCUACACUGCUAGUCUUUCUUCACUGCUUACUGUAAAUAGACUGGAGCCAAGUUUCGAUUCUAACAUACGCGGCCUAAAAGUAGCCAGUGAUGAUGAAUCAUUCGUGAAAAAUUAUCUGGACAAAGUACUCGGAAUAGAACCAGAUAGCAUCAUUACCUUUAAGAGCGAGGACGACUAUCGAGACCAACUUGACAGCAAGAGCAUCGAUGCAGCCUUUCUUGAGCUGCCUUAUGCAAGAGUAUUCAUGAGCCGGAACUGCAAAAAAUACGCAACCAUUACAGACCAUUAUAGAUUUGGAGGCUUAGCCUUUGCAUUCCAGAAAGGGUCCCCAAUAGCCACCGACGUUUCCAGGGCCAUUUUACAGCUAUCAGAGAAUGGAAAACUUAAAGAAUUGGAAGAAACCUGGUUUGUCUCCACAACGGGGUGUGCAGCCAACGGAACAGACGAUCAUAUUGAGAGUCUGAGCCUCCACAGCUUCUGGGGUCUCUACCUUAUCACCGGCAUUACUUCUUCUCUCUGUGUGCUAAUCUUUAUAGCUCGAUUGCUGAUAACUUUUCGACGCCAUCAACAAGCAUAUCAAAGUGGUGCAAAUUCAAGUGAGAAAAGUAUUUUGAAGACAGCGCGCAGGCUUGCAAGCUUCAUCGUUAAUGGAGAAUACUCUAAAACUCCAAGAACUGAUGGUGCACCAGGUCAAGCAUCAGAUACGGUUGAAGGCAAAUCCAGGAGUUCGGAAGAUGCAAAUACUGACAGCAAUCCACAGAAUAAUAGGGUCUCCUCACCAACUGAUCUUCAAAUGCUACAGAUUACCAGAUUCUAGAGCCAAUAGACCAGAGAUCAAUGUCUUUAUCCAUUAUUUGUAGUCAACACAUUUAACAUAACUGUUAGACUUUGUAGGGGACGAGUACUGUAUAUUAACUCUGCCACGUUAAGGAUAAUAUCUGUAUAGCCAAUUAGCCAUA